AUGGCGACUGAGCCAAAGUAUCACGGAGUGAGAUUGACGCCAGCACACUGGAGGGUGGAAUUUCGUCAUGGAGGCAAAGUGCUUUAUAUUGGCCGUCGAAACACGGCAGAGGAAGCUGCUAGGUUCUACGACAGGGCGGCAUACAAGUUAAGGGGACCCGAAGCUCCAUUGCACUUCGGCCUCACAGGCGAGCAGAAGGCUGAACUCGACGCCAAGUCGGAGGAUCAGUUCCUGGCCUCCAUUGCCACUGAAAACCUCCUGCUCAAGAGGGGCCGCGGUUCUUCGCGAUUUACAGGCAUGAGGUGGGAGAAGUCAAGAGGGAAAUGUGUAGCAGAAAUAAGGGGAGGGGGCACAAAAGCGUCCCUUGGCUCUUUUGCCACGGAAGAGGAGGCAGGCCGUGCAUAUGACGCAGCGUUGAUCAAGAGGGAUGGCCCGGAUGCGAUGACCAACGCCAGGUUCCUCAGUGGCGACUUCAGCAGCGUGGCUCCUGUGGGAAGCGGCCGCCUGCAGGUGGCUCGUGGUAGGGGCAGCCGGGGGCCAGAGGCGCAGGGUAAGGGGGGGAGAUCGGGUGUGGAGGGGAAGGCACGUGGCGGCCGGGGCGGAUCAGCAAGACAACGCAAAGCAGACUCGGAUGAGGAGACCACAUCUGAAGAAUACCAAGAGGAGGAAGAGGGGGGAGAGGGGGAGGUUGAAGGAGAGGAGGGAGGAGCAGAAGAAGCAGGAUUGAAGCAGCCAAGCAAAGCGCGCACCAACAAGACCAAGGUAGGGAAGCGCAGCAGCAAGAAAUUCCCGUUCUCCUCCGUUCCCCCGCCCUCCACUCGCACCACUGACGACCCGGAAAAUCAGCAGCGGGCAGCAGCGCGCAGGAAGCCCCCACAGAUCGCGGGGAUGGCGACUGAGCAAAGUUUAUUUGGAGUGAGAUUGAUGGGAUUACAGUGGAGAGCCGAAUUACGUCAUGGAGGCAAAGUGCUUAAUAUUGGCCACAGGAGCACCGCAGAGGAAGCUGCUAGGCUGUACGACAGGGGACCCGAAGCUCCAUUGAACUUCGGCCUCACAGAUGAGCAAAAGGCUGAACUCGACGCCAAGUCGGAGGAUCAGUUCCUUGCCUCCAUUGCCACAGAAAGCCGCCUGCUCCAUUGGGGCCGCGGUUCUUCGCGGUUUACAGGCGUGAGGUGGUUGAAGCCAAGACAGAAAUGGGCAGCAUGCAUCGGGAUUGGGAAAGGGAAAGAGAGGCAACUUGGCUCUUUCGCCACGGAAGAGGAGGCGGCGCGUGCGUACGACGCCGCUGUGAUCGAGAGGGAUGGCCCCGAUGCCAUCACUAAUGCGAGCAUCUUCAGUGGCGACUUCAGCAGCGUGGCUCCUGUGGGAAGCGGCCGCCCGCAGGUGGCUCGUGGCGGGGGCAGUGGAGGGGGAAAGGCGCCGGGUAAGGGGGGGAGAUCGGGUGUGGAGGGGAAGGCACGUGGCGGCCGGGGCGGAUCAGCAAGACAACGCAAAGCAGACUCGGAUGAGGAGACCACAUCUGAGGAGGAGGUUGAAGAGGAGGAAAUGACAGAGGAGGAGACGGAUGAGGAAGAAAAAUACGAAGAGGAGGAAGAGGAAGAAAAGGGAGGGGAGAAAGAUGAGGAGGGAGAUGAAGAGGUGGAGGAGGAGGAUGAAGAGAAGGGCGAGGACACAGAAGAGAUGGGAAGUCAUGCCUGGCCGGAUGAACACGAAGAGGGACAGCAGGGGGAGGAAGGAGAGGGGGCAGGAGAGGAGGAGGAGUUGGAGGAAGGAGAGGUUCGGGAGGAGGAGGAAGAGGAGGAGGAGGAGGAGGAGGAGGAGGAGGAGGAGGAGGAGGAGGAGGAGGAGGAGGAGGAGGAGGAGGUGGAGGAGGAGGUGGAGGAGGAGGUGGAGGAAGGAAAGAUUCAGGAGGGAGAUGAGGAAAAGGGAGGAGCGGAGGAAGCGAGUCAGCCAAGCACAGCUCGCAGCAGCAAGUCCCCGUUUUCCUCCUUCCCUCCGCCCUCCACUUUCACCAUUGACGACUUUGGCUAUCAGCAGCAGGCAGCAGCGCGCGGGGAAAUUGGCAGGCAAGAUGAACUGGCGCGUUUUGCCAAGCUCGGUGUGAUGGCGGCUCUAGGGCUGGUGAAUCCUCUCACCAUGUCCUCGGAACAGCUGCUGGCUACCGUGGGCUUGACCCAGGCAGACCUGAAUGCCAGCGUUGAAGAAAUGGGGUGGAAGAGGAAGGACGGAGAGGUGUGGGAUGGCACGGGGGAACCAGGUGGGAUGGGAGGGAGUGGUGGGGCUGUGGGGGAUGGUGGAGGAAUGGGGAUGAGUGAAGCGGAUGCAGCAGGGGAGAGGAGUGUUGGCAAGCGAAAGUUUGGGCACGUGGGUACUGCUUUGGGAGAAGAGAACAGCUGCGUUUUGAAGAGGCUUCGGGAUUCGCCUUCGGCAGGAGCAUCUGGAGGAGAUGGUGGGGAUGGGAUGGACGAGUUUGUGGAUAUCGACCUGAACCCAGGCCCUACUCGCAAGCCUGAGAGGGAGAAGGCGGAGCAAGAGAGGGAGGCUGCGAAGGGUGGUGGGGAGGGAGGGGGUGUGGGGGAGAGUGGGGAGUGUGGUGGAGAGGUGGGUGCAGUGAUGGCAAGGGUGAGGGAGGUGGGUGGGGAAGAGGAUGUGAGAAGGCGGUGUGGUGUGGAGGGUAGUGGGGUUAGCGGUAGUGGUGGUCCGUUGGAGGGUUCAAAUGAGGAGACCACGUCUGAAGAAUACCAACAGGAGGAAGAGGGAGUAGAGGAGGAGGAUGUCGAAGGAGGGGCGGGAGGAGCAGAAGAAGCAGGAUUGAAGCAGCCAAGGAAAGCGCGCACCAACAAGACAAAGGCAGGGAAAUAUAGCAGCAAGAAAUCCCCGCCUUCCUCCUUCCCAUCACCCUCUACUCGAACCAUUGACGACCGGAGCUAUCAGCAGCGGGCGGCAGCGCGAAUGAAGCCUUCACAGAUUGCCGGAUUGGCUACCAAGCCAAAGCUUGUCGGAGUGAGAUUGAUGAAAUCCCAUUGGAAGGUCGAGCUAUGUCAUGGAGGCGAAGUGCAUCAUAUCGGGUGCAGGAGCACUGCGGAGGAGGGUGCUAUGCUCUACGACAGGGCGGCAUACAAACUCAAGGGUCCCGAAGCUCAACUCAAUCUUGGCCUCACAGAUGAACAGAAGGCUGAGCUUGAUGCCAUGUCCGAGUUUCAGUUCAGGGCCUCCAUUACCAAAGAAAACCUCCUGCUCAAGAUAAGCCACGGGUCGUCGCGGUUCACAGGUGUGGGGUGGGAGAACAAAAGUAAAAAAUGGGUAGCAUACAUUUGGCUUCAGAACAGAAAGAGGCGCAUUGGCUAUUUUCGCACGGAAGAAGAAGCAGCCCGUGCGUACGACGUGGCUGUGAUGGAGAGAGAUGGCUCGGAUGCCAUGACCAACGCUAGGAUCUUCGGUGGCGACUUCAGCAGCGUGGCUCCUGUGGGGAGCGGGCGUCCGCAGGUGGCUCGUGCGCUGGGCAGCGGGAGGGCAGAGGCUCAGGGUGGCGGCGAGGGGGCGGAUGUGGAGAGGAAGACACGUGGCAGCCGGGGCGGAUCAGCAAAGCGACGCAAAGCAGAUUCAGAUGAGGACACCCCCGUUGAAGAAUAUGAAGAGGAGGGAGGGACAGAGGAGGAGACGGGUGAGGAAGGAGGGGUUCAGGAGGAGGAGAAGGAGGAGGAGAAGGAGGAGGAGAAGGAGGAGGAGAAGGAGGAGGAGGGGGAGGAGGAGGAGGAGGAGGAGGAGGAGGAGGAGGAGGAGGAGGAGGAGGAGGAGGAGGAGGAGGAGGAGGGGGAGGAGAAGGAGGAGGGGGAGGAGGAGGAGAAGGAGGAGGAGGAGGUGGAGGAAGGCGAGGUUCGGGAGGGGGAUGAGGAAGGAGAGGAGGGAGCAGCAGAGGAAGGAGGAGCGAGUCAGCCAGAAAAGUCCCCGCUCUGCUCCUUCCCUUCGCCCUCCCCUCGCACCUGUGACGACCCGGGCUAUCAGCAGCGGGCAGCAGCGCACAGGGGGAAGGCGAGGCAGGAAGUACUGGAGCGUCUGGCCCAGGUCGGCCUAAUGGUGGUUCAACGGCGCGUGGAUCCUCUCACCAUGACCUCGGAACAGCUGCUGGCUACCGUGGGCUUGACCCAGGCAGACCUCGAUGCCUGGGAUGAGGAAAGGGGGCAGACGAGGAAGGACGGAGGGGGUGGGGGUGGCGAGGGGGGACAAGAAGAAAUGGGGGUGGGAGGGAGUGGUGGGGCGAUGUGGGCUGGUGGAGGAGGGCGGGGGGAAGAGGCGGAUGCAGCAGGGGAGAGGAGUGUCGGCAAGCGGAAGGUUGGAGACGCAGGUAUUGCAGCUGGAGAGGAAAACAGCUGCGUUUUGAAGAGGUUUCGGGAUAUGCCUUCGGCAGAAGCAUUUGGAGGAGAUGUUGGGGAUGGGAUGGACGAGAUUGUGGAUAUCGAGUCGAUUGAUUGA